AUGCCUAACGAAGACUAUAAAUUUCUGCAAGUAUAUUUCAUCGGAAAUGAAGAACAAGAAAUUGAUCAACGAUGCACAAAUUUUAAUGGAUUGAGUCGCGAAAUAAUCCGAAAUGUACAGAAGAUCUUACACAGAUACAAUCAAUUGAUUUACAUAUUCAAAACAACAUUAGACCGCAUGAUUUCUGAUGACUAUAAAAUUGUAAUUCGAGCCGAUAAAAGACCACCUGGAGAGCACGAACGUAGAUUUAAUGCACCUCAGAUAGAUGAAGUUGCCAUCGUAAUUGUAGACAAUGAAAAUACAAGCCGUGACAUAAUUGUACAACGAAGAGGAAAAGGACUACAACGCAUUGCAGAGACACACCGUUCCUAUGAUGCUCUUCAAUAUCCAUUAAUAUUUCUGCACGGAGAGGACGGAUACCAUUUCAAUAUAAAACAAGUGCAUCCUGAAACAGGCAUAGAAACAAACAAAAAAGUCACUUCCAAUGAGUUCUAUGCUUACCGCUUAAUGAUCAGAGACAAUGAAACAUACAAUCACAUACUCAACACUCGCCGUUUAUUUCAACAAUUUCUGGUAGAUAUGUACGCAAAAAUAGAAGCAGAACGGAUGCUUUACAUAAGACUGAAUCAGAAGAAACUACGCACAGAAGAAUACAUCCAUCUUCGAGACGCGAUCAUGAAUGACGGCAAUAUUGACGAUAUUGGAACAAUGGUAAUCUUACCCUCAUCAUACACAGGAAGUCCAAGACAUAUGCAUGAAUAUACUCAAGAUGCCAUGACUUACGUAAGAAAAUAUGGACGACCUGAUCUCUUCAUAACAUUUACAUGCAACUCAUCAUGGCCAGACAUCAAAGAACAACUAAAAUACGGACAAACCUCCAUGGAUCGACACGACAUAAUAGCCCGAGUUUUUCGACAAAAACAAAAAAGAUUUAUUGAAGUCAUCACAAAAUACCACAUCUUUGGAACCGUUCGAUGCUGGAUGUAUACAAUUGAGUGGCAAAAACGAGGAUUACCUCACUCACACAAUCUCAUAUGGCUACACGAUAAAAUUUAUUCCACGGAUAUUGACAAAAUCAUCCAAGCAGAAUUUCCCGAUCUACAAAAAGAUCCGGAACUGUACAACAUAGUAGUGAAAAACAUGAUUCACGGACCAUGUGGAUCAUUAAACUUCAAUGCACCAUGCAUGAGUGAUGGAAAAUGUACAAAAAAAUAUCCAAAACCAUACUUGGAUGAUACAAAAACUGAAGAAGACGGCUAUCCGAAAUAUAGAAGACGAUCACCGAAAAAUGGUGGCUUCACAGCAAAAAUAAGAAUACAAGGCAAAGACGAACUGGAAAUAGAUAACCAAUGGGUAGUACCAUAUAACCCACUACUUUCGAAAAUGUUCCAAGCUCACAUAAACGUUGAAUACUGCAAUUCAGUAAAAUCUAUUAAAUACAUAUGUAAGUACGUAAACAAAGGUAGUGAUAUGGCAGUAUUCCAAAUAGUCCAAAAUAGCGAACAAAAUAACAGAAAUGAUGAGAUUCUUAUGUACCAAAUGGGAAGAUACAUCAACAGUAACGAAACAGCAUGGAGGAUUUUUAGUUUUCCCAUACAUGAACGCAAACCAGCUGUGCAGCAUCUAGCAGUACAUUUGGAGAAUGGACAAAGAGUUUACUUCACAAGAGACUCGGCUAGAAAAAUUGCAAGCGAACCACCUGAGAACACAACAUUAACAGCUUUUUUUCAACUGUGCCAAACGGAUUCAUUCGCAAAGACAUUACUGGAUGUUGACGUCCCUAUUUAUUAUACGUGGGACAAAACAAGGAAAAUUUUUCAACGACGAAAACAAGGAAUGCCAGAGGAGGGUCAUCCAGAAAUCAUGAAAGCUGACACAAUAGGUCGAGUAUACACUGUACAUCCAAACAAUGCCGAAUGUUUCUAUCUCCGGAUGUUGUUACACGAAAUACGGGGACCAACAAGUUUCACAGAUCUCAGGACUAUUAACGGCUACCUAUGCCAGACGUACAGAGAAGCAUGUCAACGCUUAGGAUUAUUGGAAAACGAUAACCACUGGGAAUUAACACUACAAGAAGCUACACUCAUAGCUUCAGCUGAACAACUUCGAGAGUUAUUCGCCAUAAUUCUAACAACAUGUAACCCAUCGAACCCAAAACAACUAUGGGACGCUUUCAAGAGGAGUAUGAGUGAUGAUAUAUUGUACCAAAUCCGACAAACUAAUCCAGAACUGACUAUAGAAUUCAAUGAUGACAUCUUCAAUGAAACACUCAUUCGCUUAGAAGAUAAAUGUUUAGCAAUAAAUAACCAGGCUUUAGUAGAACUUGGAAUGCCAGCACCACAAAGAAAUGCUUUCAGUGUGUUAAACUACGAAAUUACAAAGGAAAAAAGCUACAACGUCAAUGAACUGCUUGAAUACAUUGCUCACAACAAACCACUCCUCAAUGAAAAUCAAAAAAAAAGUUUACGACGUUAUAAUGGACCGGAUAAUUAA